CAAGAUAAGCUGAGUUCAAUGGAGAACUUGGUGAGCUGUUGUCUGAUGAGUCCAUUGGCCCCUUCCACCUUUACCAAGGAUUGUGGGAAAUAGGGAAUGUGGAGCUUCCAGGAAAUGCUGAGAGUCUCCAACACGAGCUCCAUGACCCUAGAAGUGAAGGCUGGUCUUUUGUAUGGCCUUUGGCCUUUUGUUGGUCUGUGGCAGGCCAAAUCUAGGGACGAUGUGGUCCAGGAGUACUUGGGCCACCACAUCUGCUGUUUCCCUGGAGGUGGGAAAGGCUUCUAUCCAUCCAGUUGGUCUCCUUGAAACUGGUGCAGAGGCUGACAAAUCUAGAUGGCCCCCUGUGGAUUGGCCUUAGCACACAUCUGUCAGGAGGUGUGAACUGUAAUUGGCUGGAACUGGGUGACCUUGAGAGCUUCCUGAGUGAGUUCAGCCGCUGCUGCUAAGGCUCUCAAGCAUGGCUACCAUCCACAGAUCAUGGGGUCCAGUUGUUUGGACAAGAAUGCUAUGGCCCAGUCCAAAGGCACAAAUGGUUUGGACUAGAUCCCUGGUGGCCACUCCCAACCUUUCAUCUGUAUAAAGGUGAUAAGGUCAAGAAGGAUCUGGAAGAGCUAGGGUAGGGGCUGUUAAAAUUGCAUCUCGCAGUAAAGAGAAGUGGCUGGCGGCAGACAGUGGCCAGGUGCGUGAGGGGCCCCUUGGGAGUCUUUCUGGCUGCCUGGUAAGGUGCUUGGCCACAAUGACAAAGUUAGGGAUCCAGUGAAGGAAGAAUCCCAUCAGGCCCCAAAAUGAGAGAAUCUGGUUUGCAGUUGUCGGGGAACUGUAAAUCCUGCAGGGCUUGGGCCCUGUCAGAGGGUCUUAUACUCGGGCCUGAGUUGAACACCCGAUACACCACAGUGGGAGAACAUAGCUGAGCCAUAGAUGGGGAAACACAGUAUCCUAGGGAGCUGAGGUAGUUCAGGAGCAAAGAGGUUGCCUGUUGGUGCAGAGGCAGAGUGGAGCUACAGAGAGGGAGGUCAUCUACAUAUUGAAUGAGUGUUUUAGGACCAGUGUCAGAGGUGGAGAGAUCCGGAGCCAAAGUGUGACCAAAGAAAUGGGGGACUGUCCUGAAAACCCUGAGGGAGAACAGUCCAUGACUGAAUUUACUCUUAAAGAAACCAUGUCCUCUGGAGGUGCUGAAGAUGACAUCCCACAGGGAGAGCGGAAGACAGUUACAGAUUUCUGUUAUCUUUUGGAUAAAUCCAAGCAGCUGUUCAAUGGAUUAAGAGAUUUGCCGCAGUAUGGACAGAAGCAGUGGCAGUCCUACUUUGGAAGAACAUUUGAUGUUUACACAAAACUCUGGAAAUUCCAGCAACAGCAUCGACAAGUAUUGGAUAAUCGGUAUGGCUUGAAGCGGUGGCAAAUAGGGGAAAUUGCUUCCAAGAUUGGGCAGCUGUAUUACCACUAUUAUUUACGAACAUCUGAGACCAGCUAUCUGAAUGAGGCUUUCUCUUUCUACUCUGCGAUCAGACAGAGAUCAUACUACUCUCAAGUUAAUAAAGAGGACAGGCCUGAGUUGGUUGUUAAGAAACUCCGAUACUAUGCAAGAUUUAUAGUAGUUUGUCUUCUUCUUAACAAAAUGGAUGUUGUGAAAGAUCUGGUAAAGGAAUUGUCUGAUGAAAUUGAAGAUUAUACUCAUCGCUUUAAUACUGAAGAUCAAGUAGAGUGGAACCUGGUGCUUCAAGAGGUGGCAGCAUUUAUUGAGGCGGACCCUGUGAUGGUAUUAAAUGAUGAUAACACCAUUGUUAUCACAUCCAAUCGCCUCGCUGAAACAGGAGCUCCAUUGCUGGAGCAAGGCAUGAUUGUGGGACAGUUGUCUCUAGCUGAUGCACUCAUUAUUGGUAAUUGUAAUAAUCAGGUUAAAUUCAGUGAAUUAACUGUUGACAUGUUCCGGAUGUUGCAAGCUUUGGAGAGGGAGCCAAUGAAUUUAGCAUCCCAGAUGAAUAAACCAGGAAUACAGGAAUCAGCUGACAAGCCCACCAGACGAGAAAACCCCCACAAGUAUCUGCUCUACAAACCAACCUUCAGCCAGCUGUAUACUUUCUUAGCAGCAUCUUUUAAGGAGCUGCCUGCCAAUAGUGUGCUUCUGAUUUACCUGUCAGCCACUGGCGUUUUCCCCACAGGUCGUUCUGAUGGUGAAGGUCCUUACGACUUUGGAGGUGUACUUACUAAUAGUAACCGGGACAUUAUAAAUGGAGAUGCAAUCCACAAACGAAAUCAGUCCCACAAGGAAAUGCACUGCCUUCAUCCUGGAGAUCUCUAUCCAUUCACAAGGAAACCCCUGUUUAUCAUCGUCGACUCCUCCAACAGUGUUGCCUACAAGAAUUUCACAAACUUGUUUGGACAGCCACUCGUCUGCUUGCUUUCUCCCACGGCAUAUCCAAAAGCUUUGCAAGAUCAGUCUCAGCGAGGUAGCCUCUUCACUCUCUUUUUGAACAAUCCUCUAAUGGCCUUCCUAUUUGUGUCUGGAUUGUCAAGCAUGCGUAGAGGCCUGUGGGAAAAGUGUCAAGAAUAUCUUCGAAAAAUCAACCGUGAUAUUGCCCAGCUACUGACCCAUUCACGUUCCAUAGAUCAGGCCUUUCUCCAGUUUUUUGGAGAUGAGUUUCUUCGAUUGCUUCUCACAAGGUUUGUCUUCUGUUCAGCCACCAUGAGGAUGCACAAGGCCUUUCGGGAAACUCGAAAUUACCCAGAAUCCUAUCCACAACUGCCAAGGGAUGAAACUGUGGAGAAUCCUCACCUUCAGAAGCAUAUUUUAGAAUUGGCCUCCAUUCUGGAUGUUCGGAACAUCUUCUUUGAGAAUUCUAUGGACGACUAUUAAAACCCUCUUGUUUAACAGUUUUCAUCUUCCACAGGUUUUAAACGGUGCAGUUUUUAUGUAAUGACAGAGACCGUUACUCAGUUUUUUGUUUUUGUUUUGUUUGUUUUUUUGUGUGAAUUUAGGAACCACCAUUUUAAAGGCAAACUGAAAAAAAGUUCAAAGUUUUAGGAUAACUUUUAAAAUAUAAUCUUUCAAGUCUUUUAAAGUCUCAAUCUUGAAAUUUUUAUUUUUUGGUUUUGAAAUUAGAUACUUACCUCCAACAUCUAAUCCUACAUUCAGAUAGGUACUAUUGCCUCCCUAAGAAGAAUAAAUUGUUUAUUUUUACAUAAUGAGAAUAAUCCAGAAGUUAUACUUGGACCUUUAAAUGUCUGGAUUUAGGAAAUAUCUAACUGUUCAUAGUGGUGAAACUGGCCACAUGGACUACUGAAAAUCAAGAGCAGAGCCCUUCUGUAGAGUUUCUUCUCACUCCACGAUAAUAGGUAGGAAAAUAAUGUACAAAGGGAUUUCUUGAGAUCACUGAAUUUCAUUAAAUGUUUUCAAACUUUUAGAAUCUGUUUAGGGUUGAUUUACAUCUGGAAAUUAAAUCUUCAAUUGGAA